AUUAUACUAUUAUACAAAAGUACUGGCGUUCGGAGGGAAACUUUUUACGUGUAUCAUUAUAGAAAGAGUUUUUGGUCAAUAAUUUACAUGGGCAAAAAGUAUACACUACCGUUAUCAAGGAGACAUUCUAUUUUAUCGACCAACGAUUUCUUAUCAACGAGCAGUAUGUACGCUUGAUAAAAAAUUAAUGUCGCAUCAUCAAGCAAAGAGAACGCGUGCGAUCAGACUCUCGUAUAGACUGUUGAUUAUAAACAGGUAAUUUUAACUAUGCAUUGAAUAAACAUCAGGAAAGUUCAAACUUGGCGCCGAAAGCACACGAGUAUUGCAAUUUGCAGCCGACUUCAAAGUGUAUUCGUAGCGCCUUCGCAAUUCAAGCGUCUGAGCGGUUUGUACUCACUACUCUGUCGUCUGAGCACUCUGAGCCUGAGCUGCUUGGGCCUGAGGCCGGAGGCGAGAUAGCAACAGCAAAUUAAAGCGCUAACACGGUCAACAAGAUUGCACCGUGUGAGCACUGUGCACCGUACACUCUGCCUAACAUACUUAAACAUAUAAUAUAAUCAUCUAUACAGCGCGACUACAAUAGUCUAUUCAAAAUAAGCAAGAUUAAAAACAGACAUAAUAAAAGCCUCGGUAACAGUUCGGGGGCGUUUUGCUUUCUCGAUUCGCGCGCACGGUGCUAUAGUUACCCAUAGUGUUCCUCAACCUUAAAUCUUUCGACAAAUAAGUGUCAGGAUGCCUGCUUGACCGUGCGAAAGACUCCACUUUCGGAUCCGCUCUCUUUCUUCCUGAUUGCCCACUGCAAAUCUUUGACUGAGUGAACAAAAACAAAGAGAGAGAGAGAAGAAGAGAGGAUUUUUAAAGGUGUCAGAGAGAGAGAGACAAGAAUAACGAUCAAGUGCCCUCUUGACCGCUGCAGGAAGUCAUCACAAUGAUGCCUGAUCAUCGCUAAUUUGUACAUACAGAUAUUUUUCAACAAAGUGCUGGCUCUAACUUGUUUUAAAGCAAUGGAUAAUUCCAAUGGACAACUACAGAUCAAAUAUCAAAAACUUGCUACGGAAUACUCAAAGAUCCGUGCUCAGGCCAAUGUGCUAAAAAGAGCUGUAAUUGAUGAACAGACUCGUAAUACAGAACUUAGAGAACAGCUCAAAGAAAAGGAAGUUGAAUUGAGAAGAGCAGAACAAGAAUUGGACAGUUUGAAUUUUCGUAAUCAACAAUUAACUAAGCGUGUGACUGUUCUUCAAGAGGACCUUGAUAAGGCACAAAUUAAACCAAGUAAAAAAGGAAAAAGUAAAACAGUAGACAGUAAAAUUCAGCAGAUUCUUGCAGCACCUAAUCAUAUUCUUGAUGAAGAAUUUCAAAAGAAAAUUGUUGAAAAUGCUCAAUUAUUAUCUCAAAUCAGUGAUAAAAAUAAGGAGAUUGAAAGCUUGCUAGAUAAAGUACAACAUUUGGAAUAUAAAUUAGAACUUUCAGAAAAAGUUAAAGUUGAUUUAGAUAGCAAGUAUCAUGAAAUAAUAGAAAAAUUGGAACGAGAAAAAAAUGAUGCCCAACGAAAGCUCAAUGAGAAAUUAAAACAUGAAGAAACUGUUUCAUGGUCCAGUGGUGAAGGUAAAAGAGAAGGCUAUGAUUUAGAUUUAAAAUCUGGCUACACAAAUCAUAGGCAAGAACAUUCUCCAUUUUCAUCGCCAUCAGCCUCACGGAGGUCUUCUAAAUCAACAGUAGAAAUAGGACCUCAACGAAAGACUUGGUCCACAACUCAAGAUGAAAAUAGCGAAGAUUUUGAAUUUAUAAAGCUAUGCGAAUUAGAGAAAGAACUGAAUCACUGGAAAGCACAAUUUAAUAUUGUAAAAAUUAAAUACGAUGAGAUUAAUCAGAAAGAAAGUAAUGAAAAAAGAAUUUUCGAGGCUAAUGGCUUAGAGCCAGUAGAAGUGAGCAAUAUGAUUGGGAGAUUGUCUGCACCUUUUCCUAUACCAGAAGAGAUUGAGACUAGAGAAACAAAAAUUAGAGAGUAUUUUUUGCGAGAAAUCGAUAGGUUAAUAACAGAAAAAUACAUAUAUCAUGUUAGAAAUUUAGCUAUAGCAGCGAAUACUGAAGUCAUGAAUAUUCAUUUAGAUACAAGUGAGGAAAAAAGAGAAAAAUGUGAGACUGCAUUGCUAGAAGCUCUUUCACAAAUUAAAAUUUUGCAAGAAGAUAAAGAAGUUCAAGAAGGAAAUUAUAAAUUGCAACUCAGUACCAUGAGUGAACAUCUUGCUAAUAUGAAUGAAAAAUUAAUUCAACAAACAGAAGAGAUUCAACAGCUGAAAUUUCAACUUUCAAACAAGAAUGGUAAAAGAGGAAAAUAAGCUUGUUCUAAUUACAAUCCACAUCAAUGAUCUAACACAUUUCACAAUGUAGCAAGCUCUACAAGGAAUUCUCCACUUUUUGUAAAUAUUUUGACCACGAUAUCGAAU